GGGACGAACGGGACGGCCCGCGCGGGCGCUUCUUGGGGACGCGAGGAGCACGUGACGACUUGGGAGGAGAAGAGCCCGCUUUCCCCAUGCCCGACGCGCGCUGCCCGGGUCGCGCAGAGCGUCGACCGCCCUGAGCCGAAUCAACCACGUGGCUAAAGCCAGUGGAUUGGCAAUUGCUCUUCACGUCUCCGCGGCUAUCAGUGCUGGUCCCGUGACCGAUGGGGUCUCGGUUCCUGUACAAGUGAAAAGCGGCCCCUUGGACAUUUCGACGAGUCACCGAGUAACCUGCCGCGAAGUUGGAAAAGUUUCGGAAUCCUCCAGGAAGGAGGACACUUGUUCGAGUGCGGUUUGAAUGUAGUCUGUGCGACAGCAGAUCCUCGUUCCAGUGCUACACGGAGUGUUUUCUCACAGCCAGGGCAUCACGUAUAUCGUCCACUGCGUCGCGAGCCGAAGCGGCUGAAAAUUGGUUUUACAUUUCGCGCCCUACAGCUUAGCACGAACGUUGCUGAACAGUGUGACCUUCUCUGGCAUUCCUACCGCGCUGCUGAAUGGUGAGAGGAUUCCCCUGUGUCGUCGCCGUGGUGUGCAACCCCGUCGUGGGCGAGUGACGCGUGGUGUGCUUUGCUGCUGAUGCGAAAGUAGCCCUGCUCGCGGGCUGGGUCAGCCUCUGGUGGAGAUGCACUCGUGCCUCGAGCUGCAGGCUCCGCACCUGGCGUUCCGACCCUGCGCGUCACCCCCGGCCAGACCUGAACCGCCGACCUGGAGGAAAGCCGCGUACUCGGCUGCCGGAUGGCUUGAAGCAAGACACCGUCAUGACUCCAAGAGUGGUCCGCCGGUGAGCUGGGCCGCUUCGAGCCCCCCUGCACCCCUGUGGGACCACGAGCAGCUGCAGCCUUCUCCAGCGGCCGCCUGGAGUCUCCCACUGCAGACCAAAGUGAACGGCUCUGAGCACCAUGGAAGUCCACCAUUGCAAAAAGAGCCGCCGACGCCGCUCUAUCCUCGAAGCCUGCUGGCGACCAAACCUGGCAGCCCGGCUGAGCAGCCGCACGGAUUCCAGCGGUGGAACGCUUCAGGCCCGAGCUUGGAGGAAGGCGACCUGCUGCCCAUGUACGGCGGUGGCGGCCGGCCGUCAAGCAGCGGCUCGUCGUCUUCGGCCGGCACGCCCAGUCCCAUGCUGGCCGCGCCGCAGCCGCUCAAGGCGGCCAACGGCGCGGCCACUGCCAACACUGCACCGCAUGGCCACCCGACGCAGCCCAGGAAGUACCAGUGCAAGAUGUGCCCACAGGUGUUCGCGCACAAGUCUGCGAUGCAGCAGCACUCGCGCGAAGCCCACCGGGGCGACCUGAAGCCGCACCAGUGCACCCAAUGCCUCAAGUCGUUCUCGUCGACGCACCAGCUGGCGCAGCACGUGCGCAUCCACACGGGCGAAAAACCGUACAAGUGCUCCUACUGCGAGCGCCGCUUCAAGCAGCUCUCGCACGUGCAGCAGCACACGCGCCUGCACACCGGCGAGCGGCCCUACAAGUGCCAUGUCGCCGAGUGUGGCCGGGCAUUCAUCCAGCUGUCCAACCUGCAGCAGCAUUUGCGAAAUCAUGACAGCCAAAUGGAACGCGCCAAGAGCCGACCCUUCCACUGCAACAUAUGCGGCAAGGGCUUCGCGUCGGAUAGCAGUCUGCGGACCCACAGAUCCAAGCAACACGCAGCACUGAUUGGAGGAGCAGCGUCGCAGUCUUGCCCGAUCUGCCACAAGAUCUGCGUCAACGCUGAAGCCCUAAUGGAGCACAUGCGUAUCUCACACAAGGAUCCACCAGUUACAGCACCAGGUACAACAUGGACUGGUGGAGACACUUCAGGCGGCACUCAGUCUUCAGAAGACCAAGGCAAGCAGCAACAACAGCAGCAACAGCAACAACAGCAGCAACAACAGCAGCAGCAGCAGCACCAGCGGCGUAUAGGCCAGCCACAGCUAACCCACGCAUGCCCUGUGUGUGGCAAGGCGUAUGUGAAUGAAGGCUCACUGCGCAAGCAUGUGAGCACCCACCCAGAGGCAGCCUCCCUGGGCUCCCCGCUGCGAAUGUGGCCCUGCACUGUCUGCCACAGCGUCUUCACCCAUGAAACAGGACUGUUACACCACAUGGAGCACAUGCGCAUGGACCCAAAGCACCAGUUUGCGGCCCAGUACUUGCUGAGCCGUGCUGCCGCUGAGCGCAGAGAGAAGCACGGUGGGCCCUCGGCGGGUCCCCCCCAUGACAUGCUGUCUGCUGUCCAGCCACAGCCGCAGACAGCGGCAUUGGCUGCAGUCAUGCAGCCAACGCCCUCCUCAUUGGCCGUGUUGCAGGCCAGCCACCUGGCACACUCCUGAGACACAGACUUCAGAGGUGCAAGCCGCCAAGAAGUUGCCCUCCUCCCCUACCUCUGGGCACAAGUCGCAGCGGCAGACAAGAGAGAAGUCCAUGUCUCCAAAUGAUUUACGCCGAGUGCAGCAACUGCUGGCCGCUUCAGAUGGCCUUCAUGACUUGGUCAAAUGUGGUCUCCCAUUACUGAUGGGAGACAUGUACAAUAUCACUGUCCAGUGGGCUUGUGUCUACGAUGGGAACCUGCGACAUGUUUCACUUGCAGCUUGGCAUAAUGCCCGGUUUCCUUUCCUUCCCUGUGUAGCUGCUGUGUACCUUUUGUGCUUGUUCAUUUUCGCAGUGGCAUUGUUGUUACAUAUAAAAAGCUGUACCACAUGCUAUGCUGCCAUUCUCCCAUGUCAUUACUUAAAGGGCUGUAUUUGCAUGAGUGUGCUGCAACCACUGACCAUGGAUGUAAUGUGAGGUGGAAUUUUCGAGGUUCAAUAAAUAGACAGUAAAUUAAUUUAAGGUUCCAGCAUUAUUUACUGUAACGUAAGGCAACCACGGCCACAUGCUUGGGAAAAUAAGAUACGUGUAGAGGCUGCCUUUGAGCAUUUCAUUUAUAUCAGUUUUCUGCACUUCCUCGCCUCCUUUUUGCUGUGCGUGAGUGGUGUUGCAUAGUGAAGAAGUUGGAGUCUCUUGAGUAUUGCUCUUCUGCUGCACUACAUGUUGAUAUUGCAUCAGAUUGCAUCUUCUGUGUGCAGGGAAGUCUGCUUAAUAAAUCUCAGAAGAUUCAGGCUUGCCCUUUUUUCCAAUGCUCAAAUGUAUAGCAGUAUAGCCUCUCACAUCAGAAAAGAAAAAUUCUUGUGUAUAAAAGUGUGCAUUGCUACAAAUGUAGCACAACGUGCACAUUCGUAUUGCAGUCUAAAGUAUAAGAAUGUUGCAUAACAUACAUGCAAAUAUAACACUUUUCUCUUUUGUAAAGUUUAUUUUCUAUCUAUGUGUGUGUAUGCAAAAGUAAACUGCAACCACUGCAGUUAGUCCCCAGAAACAGGUUGAGCUGGUGCAUUACAGUGUUGAAGUGUCAAGGGCCCCUUUCUUGCAAUUUAUUUCUUGCACAUUCAGAGUUCAUGUUUUCCCUUUUGUUGUGCUUCGCUUGUGUAGAAUGCUGAUGCCACAUUUGAUGCUUGCUGAUAUCUCGUCAUCGUGCACAGACAGUGAAAACAUGGCUUUGGCAAUUAUAGUUGACUGCGCUUGUUGGAAAAUGGUCAUGUGAAGAAAUAAGAACCUGUUCUGUUAACACAUUGUGCCAAAAAUUUGGCUUAGAGAGCGAGCAUGCCUUUACAGUCUGACCACAACUGUUGUGUUCUGUCUGCUCUUCUGUGUGGGUGACAUUUGACUGCUUACUGAGCUGCAUACUAUUGCAAAUUAUUUGAGAGGGCAAUUAUAAGUUUUUUAGCUGUGCCAUUGCUGGAUCAACAGCCGCUAUUUUAACCUUUAACAUUGAUAUAUUAGCUUAAAUUUUCAAUCAGGCAUUGCAGAGAGAAUCUUAGUUAUGGAAUCAGCUUCCAAGUUGGUUAGCAAACACUGUCGUCCUUUGCUAUCUGGCAAGCAAUGUUAGUGCAUGAGGUAGUUUGCUGCCAUGCACUCAUAUAAGUUACUAAACAGAAUAACCACAUAUGUUUUGCUAUGCUAUGAUUCUAGAAAUUCCUUGCAUGCUUUAAAAUAAAGUAGGAGAAAUUCAUCCUUCUGCAAAUCAUAUGAAGAAUGUUAGCGCUGUGUCACCAGCAUGUGAGCAGCUCUUAAUUUGUGAGUCCCGUGGCAUAGAAUAAAUGUUGUGACCUCUAAGAAUUUGUACACAUUGAUGUUAAAUUUGCAGGAAGGAUGUAUAUGCACAUAAUUUGAAGACGAUGGCUGAAUGGGAUCACUUUAUUGUGUUAUCAUGAAGUGUAAACUGAUGGAUUGCACAGGCUUCUGAAUCCAUAUCAUGGUCUUCACAUUCACAUUCUGCACUUACUGUUGGAGAUUCUCAAAAGCUCGAUAUCCAAAAUGAACAUUACGUAAUAACGUCACCCCUUUACGUCACGUUUUUAGUUUGUUCCUGUAUUGCGUGCAAUUUUCUAUAUAUCUUAUUGUCAUUGUGUCAUGAUAAAACUUGAGUUUUACCAUCUGGAAGUAUUAGGUUAGUGCCAAGUACCUACAGAACCUUAACACACAAUACCUUAGUUUUGUUUUCUAUGUGUUGAGGUAUAGCUAAAAUCAAAAAUCUUUACCUCCACCACGACGUUACCAAGUAUAUUGUGAAUAUCGUUUCUUGCUGCUUGUGUUUUGCUGUCAGACUGAAAACUCUGCCGGUGCAUUCCGAUUGCUGAUGUAGCUGAAAGCACGCCAUGCUUCUAGCUUUUAUGCCCUUGAACGUCUGCAGCAGUUCCACAUAGCCCAGUUUGAUCAUUAGCUGAGAAAAUCUGUGUUUGUUAGUGUGCUUCCAAGCAUUGUUUCUUUUUUUUCAUUAUCAAACUCACCAGUGAUGUAUGAAAUCGCAUGCUUUUGCAGCUGCACAUUUUGCUUGAACCACUGCAGCUUUUUGACUCAUAUUCCUUUGUGUGUUCAUCUUCUAAAAAGUAUGCAUGUUUUUCGGUUCUUUUAGCUACCUUCACUCGUGUCAUUCAUUACGUAGCUUUCUAGUUCAUGCUAUUUUCAAUAGUGUGCCUGCAAUCCUCAUUGGCAUUUGCGACAUGUUUUAUUGUUUGUUUUUAAUAGCCACAGUAUUAUGGCUGUGAUUCUCUUCUGCUUUGCUGAUCUAGCAUGGUCUGCAUUUCUGUGAAAAACUUGUGACCAUUCUUACUGUAGUGUGUUGACCGUAAUGGUGAGACAAGUGUGCACUCAGCCUGUCAUCGGUCAUAUUACAGCUGAUAAUGCAUUUUAUUGAUUAUCUGUCUUUUAGCACUCAGAUUCAAGUACUACAGGCUACCGUUGCACUGAAUGGCUGAAUAAAAACUAUGGGGCUCUAAUUCCACAGUGAACAACAAGAUAAAAUAAACUGCUAGACAUUUUUAUUUGUCAUUGCUUUGGUAAAAAGUUUCAGUUUGUUAAUGUAUGUCUACAAGCUUCCCAGGCAAAAGAGAAAACAGGCCACAUUUUCUGUGCCUUAUCAGUAAAUUCCAUUCUUGGGUUCACAUGUUAGCUCUGUGGGAUUGAAUGCUAAAAAGAAAUACCUUUGCAGGAGUAUAAAGUUAAUAGUUUUUCAGGGCAACUAACGUAUUGGUGUGGUAGGAAAUUUGGAGAGCACUUAAUGUUUAGCUUGAUUCUCCAGACAUAAUUUACAUGUGUGAUAUUGCAAACAUUGCAGAUGUGAAUUUAGUUUUUUAUAUUCACAUUAUCACCUACAUCUUUGCAUUCGUUGACCUGAUUUCUCACCUUUCUGAGCACAAUUGGGUGCUAAGGGUAACUGCAAGGAAAAGCUUGGUCUAUUCAGUGCCAAGCUGUAUCUUUUGAUCAGUGCAAUGGUGUUAACAGUGCAAAAUGUUUAAGGGACAUGAGACAAGAAAACAACACCACAAGUGCCACAAACACCACAAGCACUACAGUGCUUGUGGUUUCAUCAUCUCGUCUCGUGUCCUUUCUACGUUUUGCGCUGUUAACACCAGGAUGGAAAACCAACUGGCCCAAGCUGCUAUUCUAGCGAAAUACAUAUUUUGAUCGUGGGCUGGCUGUCUUAUAGAUGUCAAGGGCUCUGUAAAAUGAAGUUUACUCUUGAAGAUUGGGAAGGGUUGAAAUCCCAUAUGGCUUCACAUGUAGUCAGUACUGCAAUCUAGUACAGAGGUGUGAGUUAAAAUUACAUAUUUUAGUAACGUGUGAUGGCCUAAAAAAUCUGAUAAUUUUUUGGGCGCAAAUCAGUCAGAUGUUCUUGGAACUAUCAAACUGGACAUUUUUAGCAUAAUAUACUUUUAGGGCAUGUCUGGCACACAUACAUGUGUGGAGCAGCAGAGCUCGUUAGUGCCCAUUCAAAGUCCUCAAAGUCCUUUUGUUUGAUUCAAGUAAUGGGAGUUGAUAGGGUCACAUAUGAUCAAAAUUACGGUUGAAUUAUGCAUAAUGUUGCACGUAUCAGAAGAGAGAACUGCAAGGGCAUGCAAAGAUAGUGUAUAAGUGCUCAUGGUCUCAUUUUAACGUGACUAAUAUUGUCGGGAGUUAGGUUGUUGGGCCACCAAGGUCCAGCAUAUUGGUUUAAACUCCAGUGCACUACAUAUGCUUUAUUUACCCUUCUAUAAGCACGGGAUACUAUACAGCUAGGUUACUAUUUUGACGAUUACGAAGCAGGAACUGUUGAGGCAAUUUGUGGGUACACAUACUGAUGGUAUUCAGUUAAAGAGGGUAAUUUUUUCUAGCUUUUGAAGCACUUUGUUGAUUGUUGGCUGUGUUUGAAUGCUGUAUGAGACAUUGUUUGAACUGGUUGUGCAAAUAUCCGCACAAAGCAUACACAGAGAAUUCUGCCAAAAAUCAUUAGAUGAAUGAAGCAGCUGAGCAUGCAUUUGUGCAAGAAUAUUUCCCCUAUCUUUCAGACUGCAACACACUUUGCGUGCAAAUGUUCUUUCUCUACAAAUCAUUGCAGCAUAUAAUUUUAGCAUUUCCUUUUUGUCUGUCCGUUCUUCUAAAUUAACACAGUGGUGAAGGGGCUCUGUCUACGUUCUUGUCUCAUGUGCUUUGAAUAUUGUAUGAUCAUUUGCACUGUCUUUUUUUUUUCAGUUUUUUUAAACAUCAGUCCUUGAUAUUUGAGCCAGAUAUGCAACGUGAGCUUUGUAAAUCGUAGAUGCAGUUUUGAGUUGGCUGUUUGUCGUCAAGCAGAAACACAAAUAUGAGGACAGCAGGUGAUGUCAACAUGCUUUUGUCUGUCUUGCUUCCCUUCUACAAGCAACCAUAAACAUUCAUUUAUGAAAUGUGA